AUGAAUCAUUCAAUAGUUUUCUUAUUACUUCUUAUAACUAUCACUGCAUUCAAACAGACACAUGGAUCACAUUUGCGAUCUCAACCCGAAUCGACAAACAAUGGACACUCAGCACAGACCCAACAGCCGGUGCUCUCGAAACCUCUUUAUGACACACUGGUGUCCAUCGAUGAACGGCUGCGACUGUUGGAGGCCUACGACAACACCUAUAAGUUGACACGACUUGACUUCACUUUAGAGCAAUUGUCUCAACGAAUUGUGUCCAUUGAGUCGAAACUUUUGAGACUAGAGAACAGUUUCGACUCGAAAAUGACUAAAAUUGAAGAGAUGUUUGUCUCGAGUGAUAGAAAAUCAGAGUUUAAGACGGAAUCCAUUGCCAGAAAAGUCGAUGACUUGAGCGAUAGGAUUGAGUUAAAGUCUGCACACAUUGAGAUCAAGUUCGAGUCGACACUCAAUAAAAUUGUCGACAAAUUGGACUCAAUUGAGAGACACAUCGACCGGACGGGCGAAGAAGUCUUCGAGAAGUUCUCCAAAUACGACGAAAGACAUACAGUGUUUGAAUCGCACGUCAAGUCACACAUCAUUAACAUCGAGAGUCUUGUGAAGCACUCAUUAGACGCCAAUACCAAAAUCAAAGACAUUGUCACCUAUGACUUCCAGUCGGUUGACAAUAUGGUUCAAACACUGAAAGACUACAAACAGGACCACAAUUCUGUGAUAUCAAUACUCUCGACGGUCGCCAUACAGUUACAGAAUUACACAACACUUCAUACACUACAAGACACGGGCUUUCGAGAUAAUAAUCAUCACAAGAAGUGUGACAAUUGCGGUACAAAUAGCGCCAAUAGUCCGACAAAUGGUCGUUCAUUAGACGACAAUACGACUGCCGGAACCGAUGGCAACGAUAUCCGGGAAGUGUCCUCAACGGUGGAACAGUUGAGACAACAACUGGCUGUCGAUGAAAAACUAACACAACUGGACGUUCACGUGGACUACUAUUCCCGCAAAAUAAUUAACACAAUCCAAGAG